AUCAAACCACCACCGAAUUGUGCGAUGCGUUACACAGGCGCGCCAUUCUCGUCGUCGUCGUUCAAGGAUCAAACGGUCCUCGUCGGUUCUCGGCAUGGACAGCCUAUAAAAGCGCCCCAGUGGGCCAGGUUCGGUGCCAGUAUUCCAAGGACCGUCGCCAGGUGCGGAUCUCCCAGAACAGCAGCAGCAACAGCUCGGGACACAAUUAGCUGGUUGGUUGGAUUAGUUCAGUUCCAGAAGUUCUGGAAAGUGAAGUGAACUUCCGGGUAGUCCGGAAAUAAGGAGUGGUGCAGUUUCGGUUUUGUUUUAGAACUCCCCCGUCGGCGACAACCAGUCGGUUUCAGUGAAGUGGAUGAUUGUAGUUCCGGCGCGUACGACAGCUUCUUUGAACUAAUUACGGCGGUGUGAUGUUGGCCUUUUUGGACUGUGCAACCCCGACGGAACUUGGACGCCUGACAGAAAUAAUGUGGUUUUAGUGAAACUUUGAAUAAAUUUAGAAACUCUCAAAAUGUUCCUGUUGAACACUUAGCAAAGCUUUACUGUUUUGUUAACCUUUUUGGUUGAAAAGAAGCACAUCCACCACCAAAAUCUUAAGAUAGUUCCCACAAAGAGCAUCAACAGGUGGCUUCCUGGUGUUCUUGUGUGAUCACACACACCUUUUGACUUCGGGGGAAUCGCGGGCCACCGGCGGGCAAGCGCCGGUUUUAUGUUCGAGCUGGAUGACCCACGGGAGAAGCUGAGAUUACUGGCGACCCCGGUCAAGCUGGGAGACCAUCCAGGCAAAAGCGAAACUGGCAAACUAACCAAGAACGCUGACUGUUGCGACGGCGGGCUUGCGGGGGCCGGCGAAAACGGCGUCGACGAGCGAAGUUGUGGUGGGGGCGGGGGUGGUGGCGAGGAGGUCGCCCUGGCGAUGACCACCCUCGGCCAGAUCAAGGCCAGCUCGAGGAAGGGGGGCCACUGCAUCGACCUGGCCGAUUCGGACCAGCGCGAAACUUGGUCCGGCAAGGUGGACUUUCUGCUGUCCGUGAUCGGGUUCGCCGUCGAUCUGGCCAACGUGUGGCGCUUUCCGUACCUGUGCUACAAAAAUGGCGGCGGUGCUUUCCUCGUUCCUUAUGGUGUCAUGCUGGUGGUCGGUGGCAUUCCCCUGUUCUACAUGGAGCUCGCGUUGGGUCAGUUCAAUCGGAAGGGUGCCAUCACCUGUUGGGGCCGGUUGGUUCCCCUCUUUAAGGGAAUCGGUUACGCGGUCGUGCUGAUCGCGUUCUACGUGGACUUUUACUACAACGUGAUCAUCGCGUGGUCGCUGCGGUUCUUUUUCGCGUCCUUCACGGACCACCUGCCGUGGACCCUGUGCAACAACGAAUGGAACACGGCCCUCUGCAAGCCGUUCGAGUUUGGGGGACCGAAUAGGACCGCGGCAGCAGCAGACGCGGCGGCGGCGUCCAUCAACGGGUCCUGGGUGAAUGCUACGCUGACUUCGGCGGUGGUCGCAGUCAACGAGACCAAGUUUCAGUCCGCAGCGUCCGAGUACUUCAAUCGGUUCAUCCUGGAGCUGGACAAGAGUGACGGCAUCCACGACCUGGGCACGAUCAAGUGGGAUAUGGCCGUUUGUCUGCUGGUGGUCUACCUGGUGUGUUACUUCUCGCUGUGGAAGGGCAUCAGCACCUCCGGCAAGGUGGUCUGGUUCACGGCCCUGUUUCCGUACGCUGUGUUGCUGAUUCUGCUGGUGCGUGGCAUCACGCUGCCCGGGUCGGCCUCCGGAAUCCAGUACUAUCUGAGUCCAAACUUUGACGUGAUCUUCAAGGCGGAGGUUUGGGUGGACGCUGCGACGCAGGUGUUCUUCUCGUUGGGACCCGGCUUUGGAGUGCUGCUGGCGUACGCCUCGUACAACAAGUAUCACAACAAUGUCUACAAAGAUGCCAUCCUGACCAGCUUCAUCAACUCGGCGACCAGCUUCGUGGCCGGCUUUGUGAUCUUCUCCGUGCUCGGCUACAUGGCCCACUCCAGCGGACAGAACAUCGAGGACGUGGCCACCGAAGGUCCGGGACUGGUGUUUGUCGUGUACCCGGCCGCGAUCGCGACCAUGCCCGGUAGCAUCUUCUGGGCGUUGAUCUUCUUCAUGAUGCUGCUGACGCUCGGGUUGGAUAGCUCGUUUGGUGGUUCGGAGGCGAUCAUUACGGCGCUCAGCGAUGAGUUCCCGAAGAUUGGCCGAAAUCGGGAGAUCUUUGUGGCCGGGCUGUUUUCGCUUUACUUUGUCGUUGGGCUGGCAAGCUGUACCCAGGGUGGAUUCUACUUCUUCCAGCUGCUGGAUCGGUACGCGGCCGGUUACUCGAUACUGAUUGCGGUGUUGUUUGAGGCGAUUGCGGUGUCGUGGAUCUAUGGAACGCAACGCUUCUGCGACGACAUCAAGGACAUGAUCGGUUUCGCGCCAGGCAUCUACUGGCGCGUUUGCUGGAAGUUCGUAGCGCCGAUUUUCCUGCUCUUCAUCAUCAUCUAUGGCCUGAUCGGGUACGAACCACUGAGCUACGAGGACUACGUCUACCCACCGUGGGCAAACGCCCUCGGCUGGUGCAUCGCCGGCUCUUCGAUGAUCAUGAUCCCGCUGGUGGCCUGCUACAAGCUGAUCGUGACACCGGGAACCUUCCUGCAGCGCAUGAAGAUCCUGACGACGCCGUGGCGUGAUCAGCAGAUGGCCGUUAACGGCGUUACGACCGAGCCGGCCCAGGUCCGGCUGACCAACUCGGACGAGGGCGAAGAAGUUUGAGUGCAAUCAUUCUCGUUGAAGUUUGAUAUUUACUUUGUUUGAGGAAGGAGGUCUCGGGAAGGCCGUCUUUUUUGUACUGUAAUAGUUACUUGUGUGUGGGCUAUAAUUGCGCGACAACUAGGAGAUAAGCCCAAUUGUUUGAAGAUGAAAACACUCCUAGAGUGGAACGGGAUUAGCGAAGCGCUAGAAUCUUAAAAUAAGAUUAAAGUUAAGCAAACAAAUACAAAUACAUGCUGUAUAGAUAAUAGAUCGAAACGAUUUCAAAGGAGGUAAUCAACAAGCGAAUUGAAUCAUAUUUAAAGUUUAUCGUUGAAACGGCCCUCUGCUCGCACAAACCAAAUCCUACAAGAUGUACAUAAUUCGCCGUGUAGGCUGUGCUGGGACGCAAAAUAAAUGGUGGUUCCGAUUUAUGAUAACAGAACAGAAUUUGUACAAUUGUUACCAGUUUUAUGUGGCCGUUGAUGAUAGAUAAAAUAUUCAAGUUACCGCGCUGCGACGAAGACACAACUAUAGAGCUAUAGAUAAGUUGCCACGUUGUGUAUCCCGACUAAGCUCUCCGCUUAACUUAGCACAAGCUAAAUAACGCUCUCUGUUUCUUCCGUCGUCGCUGUAACGCUUAAAACGUUAUUUUAUGCCACUGCCGGUGGUGAGUUGAAAGCUUUGCACCGUCCACGUGGAGCUUAACAGCCAUAAAGCUUCGCGUGGAAGGCAACUAUCCACUCACUUGCUGGCAGAGCGUUUCAUUUCUAUACAUCGUUGGAAGAAAGUUACUCUUGCAGUAUACAGUUUAAAGUUAACUAAAUUGGAUAGAACGCUGAACUUACCCAUUUAUAUAGCAAACCAGUUAAUGCUGCUUUUCUGGGAUAAACGCAAAAAAAAUAAGUAAAAUCUGUUAGCGAAACUCCAGUGUGAUUAUGAACUGAAGAACACGUCUACGAUACCAUACGAACACUUAAAGCUAUAGACAAACCAUAUUGCUACGUAGCUUUUAAACCGAUAGAUUGGGUUAUUGUUGUGAGAAAUAAAAUCAUGUUAAUUGCCGGAAAUAAGCACGGACACGUAACCAAUUUGAAACACCAACAACUUUAUAGCUGGGAAGAAAUGGAUAGAUUAAUUGCUAUAAUUUUCUAUUUUUUUUUUCAGUUGAGUGGAAAUUGUUUGAGGAAUGUUUUCCAGACAGCCAUUGAAAGGCAUUCCGAGCAAAAUUAUAAAAGUUAAAUUACAACUGUUUUAGGCAAAUAAUUUAAAAUUCUGUGAAAAAUUCAUCGUUCAGCCAUAGAAGAAAUUCUCACAGAAUGUUGGCUUUUGGUUGGCUUGACUUAUUGAUUUUGAACGCAACGUUAGAAUGUUUUUAUAAAGGUUAUCUUUCAGUCCAUUCGUUUCUUCUCAGUUGUCGGAAAACUUAAAAAAAAACAAUGAAAAUCCAGAACUCAAAGUGUUCCCCUUUUAUACAAACUAAAAUAUAUAAAUCACCAACAAAAAGCUCAAACUGGAAGCAUGAAAUAGCUUAAUAAACAACUAGUGUUCCCCUUUUUCUAAAGAAUCUUUAGCACACUAUCGUAAUAAAUGCAGCAACAAUACGAAAUGCAAAGUAACUUACUGUACCAACCGACCGACAACAACAAAACCAAGAUGAGUGAUGCUUGUUCCAACAGUUUCGAUAGUUUAUGAGGAGUAACAGUUAUGAGUUAUUAAAUUGUCAGGAACAGAAAACAACGAAUACUCAGUAUUUUGUUAACUGCAGCUGUCGCGUACUGAACGUGCGUGACGUUUUCUACUGUAUACUUUGACUAUUGCUCACUAAAAAAAAUCUAUGCUAAGUUUUAUACUUUUGUUUAUACCGUUAUUGUGUAAUAAAGUUGAUUGAGUUUGAAAUCUGA